AUGGAAAGAGCAAAGCGUAGAACUAUGGCAUCAAUCGUCUCCAAACUCAGCUCUUUCUCCGAGCAAACCAGAGCCGAAUCUCUACAUAACUGUCUUCAAGCGCCGCUCUUCUCUUCUCUAGACAGAUCCAAUGGUGCACCCAAUAAGGACAAAGUUCCUCCUCCGUCCUCUAAACCCACCAAAUCUGGUGGUGGCAAACAAAAAAAGAAGAAGUGGAGCAAAGAAAAGCAAAAGGAAAAAGUGAACAACAUGGUUCUGUUUGACCAAGCAAUUUACGACAAACUUCUCUCUGAUGCUCCUAAGUUCAAAUUAAUCACUCACUCCUUCUAUUCUCUCCGACCGUUUGCGGAAUGCAUUGCUGACACAUUGUGUUUUUCCAAGAAUGCCACUCAAAUAAAGGAGGCUAUAUAUGAUCUUCCGGUUUUGACAGAAGAGGAUGACGCGGAAGAAGCAGCUGCAUACUCUAGAGAUUGCUGCACGCCGUUACAAAGUCCCAUGGUGCCAAACUGUUAUAGACAUAUUAGUGAACCAUGCCUUCGAGAACGUGACAAGGUUCACGUCACAGCAGAGACAAGCAGAUGA